UGCUGCACCGUAAACGAGAUUGCUUUUCUUCGAUUGUGCGUGGUUCGUCGUACACAGAAGCGCAACGAUGCCUGGCUGUUGUUGCGCACCAAACUGCAAGUCCAAUUAUGACGGAGGACAAAGUGUCCGAGUGCACAAGUUCCCAUCUGACCGAGCCACUCGGGAAGCAUGGACGAGAGCAGUUCCUCGGAAGGACUUCUCGCCAACGAAGUACACAGUGCUCUGUGAAAAGCAUUUCUUGCCAUCGGAUUACUUGAAGACGACAUCUUACACGGACGUCAAGACAGGAAAAGUGGUCGAAGUUGCCAUGAAAAACAUUCGUUUGAAGAAAACUGCAGUUCCGAGCUUGUUUCCCAAUUGCCCUGCCUGUUUAUCGCGUCCGCAAGUGUGCGUUCGAGAAGCGCCGGCUGCCAAAAGAGCGCGCUUGGAAGCCACAUAUUUGCAAAAAGCAAUAAUGCUUUCUCAGCAAACCCAAGCAGAAGAGGACGCCAAAAAUCUGGUUGGUAGCUUUGCGGACUUGCUGAAGGCCUUGCCAAGCUUUCAGUGUUCGGACUUCUGGACAGUUUUGAACAAGGGCUCCAAGGUUUUCUUUUUGGACUUGUCACUUCAAUCUGCUCCUGCAGUCCGUACUUCGGUGAUCGUGUCCACAGACCUGCGCGUCGAAGUAUUUUUUGGUGAAACGGGUGUGAGGAAGUGUGGUGAUGUUUUAGUUCCUGAAAAGCUGUGCGACUUGAGAGAUUUGAAAAGUGUGUUACACAUGAUCGAACAGACACGUACGGAUAUCAGCACUGAGCGUUCUGAAAAGGCCCGUAAUCUACUGACAUUGGUUUCGACAUUGCUAGAGGAAGUAAGUGGAAAACAUUUCGCAUGCGAGUUGCAAGAAUGGCAUUUUGAAGUGCUUAAAUUCUUGAAGAGUCAAGUUGAUCUUGUUUUGAAUGAUGCUGGCCGAUAUCCCCCCGAUUUAUUGGUUUUUGCUAGCCUUUUGUUCACAAUUUCACCUCAUGCAUAUAGAUUCCUGAGAAGUUCGAUGAAGCUUAAGAUGCCGCAUCCUGAUACGAUCAGAAGACUGUGUUCAUCGUACGAUGUACGCCCUGAAACGGAGCAGCAAGAAUGUAGCUUUCUUUCCUAUGCAAAGCGUAUUGUAAGCACAUAUAAAGAGCAUGAAAAGACUGUAACGUUAAUGAUUGAUGAGAUUCACCUUCAAUCAUUUUUUUUAUUAUAUGGCUGGGUUGGUUACUGGUGCUGCGGUAAAUUCAUCGACUGCAGCAAAAACUGCCCACGUAUUUAUGAUACAGAGCCUGCUUUCUUCAAACAAGGAUGUUGUACACAUCCUUCCUGUGGCACAAAUCGAUGCUAAGGCGCUGCACGACUUCCUUCGGAAGAUUGUUCUUGAUCUAGAGGCAUCUGGUUUUAGAAUAAUCGCAGUGAUCUCGGACAAUAACUCCAUAAACAGAAAAGUCAUGUCCUACUUCGCUAAGCCGGCAAGUGUCAGCAUUGUUUACCAGCAUCCUGCUGACCCAUCACGACCCCUGUUUUUUGUGGUGGACCCAGUUCACAUACUAAAGUGUAUAAGAAAUAACUGGCUGAAUCAAAGAAACAUUGGCAAAUGCAUGUACUUUCCUGAACCGAAGAGUGAUGAGGCUGAACCAAAGAUACUUACAGCAUCUUUCAAGGUAUUAUGCCAGCUGCACGAAGCUGAAAAGCAUGAGCUCUUGAAGCUAGCACCAACGCUCACUUUGAAGGCACUGAACCCCUCAAACAUGGAACGGCAGAAUGUUAAACUGGCCCUAAAGAUUUUUAACUCAUCUACU